AUGGGCUUGAAGCAAUUUAACCAAGAUCUAGCCGCAUCCAAAGAAAUAUCGAUCAGCGCUGCCGUCUCAAACAUUCGACGAGGGGAUUCUGAUGGCGAGGCCGUCUUCACCUGGUCAUCGUCCAAUGACGUCGCAACAUCUCUUGAUAUCCAGAUUCUGCUUCUCGAUGUCGACUCGUAUCCUAACAGUUCGAGCGUCAUGAUAUUCACAGAAUCAGAUCACUCCACCGUAGAUGUCUCUUCUCUACUUGAACGCCUAUCGUCUUCUCUUGCGAACAAGAACAUUGAGACAAUCAUCAAAGCUGUUGCAGAGAAGAUAUCUGCCAAGUUAGAGCUCACCAAUGAUGAGCGUGGAGACGCUGACUCGGACAACGUGCCUGAUCUGGACGACUACGACGAACUGGAGUCAGAAUACGACGGCGACGACGACGACGACGACGACGACUUGCUUGAAGCUGCCUUCCUUCCGACUUUCUCCAAGGCAUUACCAGAUCGACCUCUUGACGCUGCGAUCUCUAUCAGACAGUUGAAGAGAGAUUUACGAACUGCCCAAUCGGCUGGCAUCUCGGUAGGAGUCUAUCCAAGGAGACAGCUGCGAAAUGCCGAAUUCUUUUCUCUAUCUCUUCGAGUAAUGAAGCUUGGCAUUCCAGAGCAUGCUCUUGAGGCAUGGGGCCUUGAAGAUGACGAAUAUUUAGUUCUCCUGUGCCGAUUUGCGCCGCGUUAUCCGACUGUUUCAGAGAUUUGUAAUCCUACUUUCGAAGACUGGAAGCCACAAUUUUGCUUUGGGAAAUGUUCAAGGCCCAAACCAUCCGCUGAGACUUCCCGUCUCGCUUUUCUGACGACAGCUAAUGGGACCAGAGGCAAUCGAGAAGCUGACAGGAGUAGCAGAAAGAGCGGUGAUGAAGCUACCAGCGGAGGAUUUACUCCUCUUUACAUGUCAAAUUCAAUCAACAUGCUGAUGAAUUCCGACUUUCUCAAGCUGUUGCGUAUGAGACGUGACGAUGGAUUAUCGUGGGACGGGGCUAUCCGACGUCAAAGGGUGCUCGCUAAAGGAGGGCAUGACGUUUUGCAGCAAAAAGAUCCUUCUAAAGAUGACACAUCUGACAACUUGGUAUUCGAAAAUUCGAUACCAUCUUUGAGCCAUGAUUACGCCUUGGAUGAAGCGGAAAAACUCAGCCUCCCCAUGGUUGCUAUGCAAUUUGCCUUGCGGCGCCUUGUUCGUUGUACCAAGUAUUGCAUGGUUUGCCACCAAAGAUUGGAAGAUGAAUUCGAAGCUCUCAAACCCUACGUCUGCAGUAAUCCUCUCUGCACCUAUCAAUUUGUUUCACUUGGGCUUGGAGCAAACACUGAACAUGAAAUUAUCCACAAUCCUUACGUAGUCGACAUCUUAAUCAGCUUUUUCGCUUCAGCCCUCGCACAUCCCAAUUCUUUGCGGCAGUACCCCACUGGUCUCAGUUUAAAGGCUGUGAGCACCGGAUCGAAGGCCAAGCCAUUGCAGCAUUCUGUUGCUGAAGCUUGCUUCCUUGAAAGAUCAAUCCGUCUCGAUCCAACCGAUUAUUCCAGCCGUCGCAGUAUCAAAGUAGGAGAUACAAUAUUAGUCGUCAUUGAUGGCGUGGAACCGAGCCCAACCUUGCCAAUCCUCAAUGGAAAUCUCGAGAGACAUGUUUGUAAAGUGACGAAUACUAUUGGCAACAUCUGCUCUUUUGAGAUUGUGACAACGAUGACAAACCCUGUCAACAUUCUCACCCUGCCGGAAGAAGAAGAGCCUACACAAGCCUCGAAACCUGUGAGAGGAUGGUUAAAAGUCUUGAUUUUUCAGUAUUCCAACGAUGUUGAUGACCUUGAUGCGACCGAACGAUCAGCUGCCCUAAGUUCAAUACUCCGCGGAAUCCCACCCGUGCUGGAUAUGAGGGCUUAUAUAUUAAGCAAUCCUAGCAAAGGCCUUGCGUCGUGGAGUCGCAUUGACAAGAAUGCGUUUACCCUUCUCCAGUGGAUCAUAUCGUCCAAUAGGUCUCUUAUUCUUCAAGACGAUGCGGUGCCGCCUCCAGCCGACUCAUCAGAAAAGUCAGAUAAUCUUGAGAAAGCUGAAGCUGUAAACCCCAACAAAGUGCAGGGUAUGCCAAGCCAGUGGAUGCAAUUUCGAUUCCUGCAGGGGACUCCAGAAAGGGAACGACUUUUUAUGAAAGAGUUGACUACUGUGGCGCAAUCCGAAAGCCCUGAAAAGCGGUAUCCAUCAAUAUUCACCUGGCAUGGCAGUCCCCUUCGCAAUUGGCAUAGCAUCAUACGAACAGGACUUGACUUCGAGACUAUUGCAUUUGGACGCUCUUUUGGGAAUGGAGUGUACAUGAGCAAAGAUUUCUCGGUGAGCAUAGGGUACAGUGGUAAUGUGCCUAACCCCCGGAAUUCAUCUGGUCUGCAUGCUGGUAAUUUCUGGCCCAAUUCGGUCCUCAGGCCGAGUUCUGCUAUUUCUAUAUGCGAAGUAGUUAACCGAACGAAAGAAUUCGUAAGCAUUUCACCUCACUACGUGGUCAACAAGAUCGAAUGGAUUCAAUGCAGAUAUCUAUUUGUUGCUGUAAAUCCAGAGCCACGAGCCACGCAGCAACCCUUUCCAACGAAGCCCAAAGAAGCCGGUGUCGGAUACAUAACUCAAUGUCCAUCAAAUCAGCUCCUCGCACCUGGUGGCAAACCAGUUCAGAUUCCAUUAUCGGCAGUUCCGUCGAAUCGUCAGCGUUUUCCUUUGGAUAACUUUUUACAAUCUAAAACCAAGGAAGCACCGAGUACGCCGCUUGAUGAUCACGGCGAGACGGACCACGAGCUCCUUGUAGACUCUGAAGACGAAACCAUUGGCAACAGGCGUAAGCGCCGGAAUUCAUCAAUAGGUUCGUCUGAUAGGCGAAGCACGAGACUAAAGUCUGCAGAUUCUGAAGUUCCGGCUGGUGAAGGUGAUUUAAUCCGACUCAAGACCAAAUUUACGUCUGGUAGCCUAGACCUACAAGGCCUCCCAAAGCUUCCAGAGCCAAGCUGGGCUUCAACUUCCCCAGCAGCGCUCAGAAACUUGAACCAUGCCAUCAAAGAGAUGCAUCAGAUACAAAGCAGUGAAGACAUUGAGGUCCUUGGGUGGUAUAUCGAUUUCAACAACCUGAACAACGUUUUUCAUUGGAUUGUAGAGCUACACAGCUUUGAAUUGGGGCUUCCUCUUGCUCAAGAUAUGGAGAAAACGGGCUGCACCAGCAUCGUGCUUGAAUUCCGAUUCGGCGCCAGCUUCCCGUUCUCUCCUCCUUUUGUUCGGGUUGUACGACCAAGGUUUCUACCUUUUUCACAAGGGGGCGGUGGCCAUAUUACAAUCGGAGGAGCCAUUUGUUCCGAGAUUCUCACCAACUCGGGGUGGUCGGCUGUUAUGUCGAUUGAGAAGGUGCUCAUACAGAUUCGCCUGGGCUUGACGGAGUCAGAUCCUCCUGCGAGAUUGGAGAUGAAGGCUGGCACGAGUGACACGGGAGAUUACUCCAUCGGUGAGGCAGUUGAUGCCUACCAACGAGCUGCAAGAUCACAUGGUUGGGCGAUUCCGGAAGAUGUGCAACAAAUUGGACGGCUUUGGGUAACGAGUACUGAUUAA